UUAAUCUCUACACUUCUCUCUCUAGAAUAUUGAGUAUUGCUGACUUGAGCGUUGGAGUGUUUUCCCCGAGGAAACAUCCUCGGGAUUUUCAGGUGUAGAAGCAGCUAAAGACUUCAACAGUGUUAGAUUGUGAAGCUGUCGAAACAUUGGUGCCGUCUGUGGGAACCCGAACAAGAAGUUGUGUAACUUAACCUGCUGAAAGACAAAAUGGUUCGAACUUUUACAGGAGGUCGCCCCCCAAGGAAUGAGGUGGACGAACAGGAGGAUGCUCAAGUAUCUGAGCCCGGAUUGAAUGACUUUAGGCCAAUGCCAAGAAACCUCUUCGUCGGGGGAGCCGAACAGGAUCACCUAAGUGAAACAGAUGACGAAAGAACACCAACUGGGUAUGCAACCCAACCUGAACAGUUCCAAGUUCCAACAGGAACAAGACAAAGACCUUCUAGACCGUACAAUUUACAGCGUGAACGACCUGAAAGGUCAACAGAACCUGCUCGGACAACCGAGCUCGAAGAGAGAACCAGAGUUCUUGAAAUGGCAAUGGGAAAAAUCCUUGCCCAUCUGAUUCCUGAUGACCCCCUGAUUCCUUUGUUGAACAGGGAUGCGCAACCAGCUGCGGUUGUUGCAACUCGAAAUUCCCCCACUCUCAGCAACAUAGUAGUGCCGACCAGGCCAAGGGGAAGUGGGAAGUUGAAUGUCGAGCCCAGCUCGUCCAAACAUAGUGAAGAAUUGAUGAGAAAGAACGCAGAUCUUGAAAGACAGCUACGGGACGUACAAAAGUCUAUUGACGAGCUGAAAAGUCCUAGGUCGCAUCAACAGACUCUGGAUUUGGAUAGUGCACCACUAAACUUAUCCAUUACGGCAGAGCCGUAUCAAGAGGGAUUCAAAAUUCCCCACUUGGAGACAUAUGAUGGCACGGGUGACCCUGACGAACAUCUACACACCUAUCAAGCCAUCAUGAGAAUCCAAAACGCCAAUGAUGCCAUGAUGUGCAAAGUGUUCCCAGCAACACUAAAAUCAAUAGCCAGGAGGUGGUAUCACAAACUCCCCAGACAUUCAAUAGAUUCAUUCUCCCAGCUUGCCAAGCUGUUUUCUAAUAAAUUUGCGAGCCAAAGGGAGAUCAAGCGCACAGCAACCGAGCUGAUGCAAGUUAACCAGAAGGAAGGGGAGUCUUUGAGGGAUUACAUGCAGCGGUUCAACAAAGCCACCUUGGACAUUGAUAAUGUCCCAGACACGAUUUGCCUGUCCGCCCUGUUGCAUGGGUUGAAGCGUGGCCGGUUCCUAGACGACCUGCUUGAAAAUCCACCGAAGACGUGGAACGAGGUGAAUGACAGGUCGGCCAGCUUCAUACUGUCAGAGGACUUUCAGUCGUCCAAGCGACGAGCUGAUGAUAAGCAGAACAAAGGCCAGGAACAACAACCGAGAAGAGAAGAGAAGAAGAAACAGAAGGUCAGUGAGCAAUGGGGGAAACCAGUUGAGUUCCCGAAAUAUGCCAGUUACAUUCCUUUGACCUUACCUAGGUCUCAAAUCCUAGCACAAAUUCAGCACUGGGUUAGGAGACCUCCACCCUCACUACAUGAUUCUCCGAGGGUAGACAAGAGCAAGCAUUGUGACUAUCACCGUGUAUAUGGUCACAAUACAGAGGAUUGCCAACACUUGAAGGACGAAUUAGAGUUUUUGGCUCGUAACGGGAAGCUAGAAGGGUAUGUUCAGAAGUCUCACACCCAGCAACCCACUCAAACCCAUUUCGUACAGGCGUACGACCGACCUCAAGGGCAGAGGUACCAGCACGGUAGGACGCAGGAUGCAUAUCAGGAUACCCAGUAUCCUUCUGAGCAGGGCAAAGCAUACCGAGGACGUCCGUUCAACAGAAGAGGACAGGGACCGAGAACUAUCGCCCCGAAUCAAAAAGACAGGAAAGGGGUAGGUUAUGCGGGGAUACCCCCACCUUCUGGUACAAUAAACAUGAUCUCAGGUGGUGUUCACUCAGGGGGCCAAAGCGCCCGAGCUCGCAAGGCAUACGCCCGACAGGUGAUGACGAUUAACAAAAAUAGACCCUUGAAGCGGCCGUUUGAAGAAGUAGAAUGGGAGAAUACGCCUAUCACCUUCAGCCCGGCAGAUUACCAUUCACCAGAUAUCCUGUAUUGGAGUUGCUUCCAAAAGAUGCAGCUAAAUCCGAGCUUGCUGCAGAAGCACAAAGGCCCGAUAUAUGGAUUCGAUAACCAGCCCGUCCCAGUUGAGGGAGUUAUUACCCUUCCUAUAUAUGUGGGCUCAGAACCGCGCUUCAGAAUGGCUUCUGUCACCUUCAUGGUCGUUAAGAUGGAAUCAGCUUUCAAUGCUAUAUUAGGAAGAGCCACCCUAUGCGAGCUGAAAGCUGUUAUCUCACAGCCCCAUCUCUGUAUGAAAUUCCCAACUCCUCAGGGGGUAGGAGUGCUGAAAGGGAAUCAGAGGAUGGCUAGAGCCUGUUACCAAGACACGUUCAAGAAGGUCGAGCUCGCCGCAGCCCCAGCGAGCGCUGAAGGUCGCAAGCCAACCCAGUUCGGUCAACAAACAAUGAGCAUAUCAGACAUUGAGCAUCGACCUGAGAGCGUUGAGCAAAAGGCAGAGCCAGUAGAGCCAGUGGAAACGGUACCUUUAAACCCGGAUGUGCUGGAGAGAACGGUCCCUGAAAUGUCAAAGGAACAUCUGCAAGAGCUAUUAUAAACAUCAAAUAAGGAAGGUUCAUCAGGCGCACUGAUGAGAGAAAAAAUAAUUAUGAACUAAUAAAGCAACACUUAAUUG